AUGAUAUUUGAUAGCCUGAAAAUGUUACUCACCCUCAUAAGUUUUUUAUAUAAUUUUCUAUCAUUAUCACCUUUUAAAUAAUAAUUUAAUGAUGAUGGAUAUUAAAUAAUUAAUAUCAAAUCAAUAUCAUUACACCAACUCUUUGAUGUGGGAAAAAAUUAAAAUUUAAUAAUUUUAUUUUCUCAUCAAUAAUCAUUUAGUCAUUUAUAAUUCAACCUUUCAUUAAAAAUAUUUUAUAUCUCAUAAAUAGAUUAAAAAUAAAUUAAUGUAAUUCCUUCUCAAGUAGGAGUAAAAUUACAAAUUAAAUUUUAAAAAAUAAAAUUUUAAAUUAUUUAGUUAUUUAGGUGGACGUUCUGGAAUAAAAAAGUAUAGGAGAGAAGCAUAUUAUUGGUUAAGGGUAUCAUAAACAGCUUUGUCUCUCGAUCUCUACCAGAAUGCCCACAAGUAACAUCAUUAGUCAGAAUUCGUAGGAUCCAAAUGUGAGUGAAAUAAAAAGAUGCAUUCCAGUUACCACCACUGUGCCAAAGCCGAGACUGGAAGUGCAAAACUAACAAACCUCAUAUCUAAGCUAGAUUCACUUAGCAUUUGAGAGAGUAAUGUUUAGGGGUCUAAUAUAGCAUGGGAAUGGUUAGUCUAAACAGCUAUAGUAGGCUAUGGUGGGUCACAGGGGACGUUAUGGAGUUUGAGCUCUCUUAAAAACUGUUGAGGAG